AUGAGCCUUCUGUGCGACCCUGACGCGUUUCACCUCUUUGUAGAGGAUGACCUGGAAUCUUUCUUCAGCACCUUCGAGAAGGAACGCCAAUCCACCAGCCACAUAGUCAUACUAACGGAUCAGGCCACGUUUCUAAAGGAACGACCAACUCUCUUGUAUACUUUAAAAUUGUUAUUACGUCACCCCGGGGAGGAUUCAAAAGGGAGUUUGUCACCCCAAGGAGGUCUCUACACCCUACAGGGAAAUUUACAAAAUUGGCAACAUGCAGACAGUCCUACUUCAAAUCUUGAGAAGACCAAAUGGAGGAGCCGGUUGAUCUUUCCCCGUAGCGACGAUGAGGACCCCCUGGGUGAGAAACGUACGCAUUCCUCCCACGAUAAAAGUACUAAUAUGAAUGGGAGGGAAAAUUAUGAACAGGUCAGGCAGGAAAUUAGAAGUGGUGACAAGACUGAUGAUAAAUCCUCACAUCAGAUGGUUCUUUUCGAGGCCAAGCAGGGGACACACCUCCUUCGAGGCAAUGACUCAACAGAGAUCCAAGAAAUUUUUGAAAAAUAUGAGCAGUCCCUCGUGGGGAAAGCUAUCCCAACCACUCAGCCCUUUACACACCGAAUUGAAGACGUCCUAGUGAUCAUUUCGAAUGUACAAAGGUGGGAUGACAAAGUGGAGGUUGGUCAGCAGUUAAUAGACCUCUUUGAUAGAGACGCCACGUUGAGAGAAGCCCAGAUUAUCUUUUUUGCCAGUGAGGAUAUUCUAGAAAGCGUUUAUUACAUGCGCCGGGUCAUGUCCAAAGGGCUGAAGGUGCACCUGUUUCCGACCAGCGGGCGCGCCCUCGUUGAAGUGAUGGGAGACGCGGCGGGAUCGUUCCGAGGUUGGCACAGAGGAGAACAGACCUGCGAUGCAGUUAAAGGUGAUCGUUAUGAUGAGACGGUUCGUACCGAGCAGCAAGACCUUUUCCACACCGAUUACCAAAAUGCAAUUUUCACUCCAAUCGUAACGCAUGUCCGCACGGGACUCCUAACAUCGCUGACGGAGGAAGACUACAAGGGGAUCUUUACCCAGACGUUAAAACUAGCCAUCCUGAAUGAUCCCAAACUUUUCUCCAACAUAAAAAGAACUGACUUGAACCAGUUUAAGAAAAGGAUAAAAUAUUUUCUCCGAAAAUUGUUGAGAAAUAGUUGCAAGAUAAGUAGGAGAGGAAAAAGGGACAGAAAAAUUAUGAACAUCUUCAGGUUCGGAACUACCAUUGGAAAUGCAAUAAAAAAUGUCAAAGGAAGAAACCCCCUAAACGGUGUCUUAACUAAUGAGGAAGUGUUUCUCUCUUAUGGCAUUUACUACGAACUGAGGAUUUUGUACGAGGUGGAUGCAGUGGAUCUUCUCCUCCUCGUAGAGGUAACAGAAAUUAUGAUGAAAUACAGAAUGAAAUAUAAGUUAAGCAAUCAUUAUUUGAACUACUACACACAUGAGAUUAUUCAUCAUCUUACGAAGGGACAUCCUUCCGCGACGAAUAGCAUUUUAUUAGUUCACCUCACUGGAAUAGGAGAGGUGCACCCCGAUGUGAUGAUUAAUGUACCAUUAUGCGUCGUUUGUAGGAUUCUCUGUCCCAUGAUAUCCUUCCCGCGGCGAAAUAUGCACUUAUCACUGAAGGGGACUGAAUCCAACACAAAAUGCGGACCAUUUGUGCAUAUCGGACAUGUGGGAAACAAAUCGGAAGCCAUUCGAGUUAUUUACGUCGCCUGCAUGAGCAGAGAAAACAUCUGCAUCAGGAAUGUAACCGCAUGUCUUGAUGUCAUCGUUUUUGUGAAAAUAUUAAGGGAGCUAAAUUUUGACAUCAGAUUCAUCAAAAAAGGGAACACCAAUACUCAUCCAGAGGACCUCUCACCUAAAGGAAACCUCCUACAUAUAAAGGGAAACAUACAGAGGAGCGUCUUCCUAUUUAAACGGUUUACUUACCAGAGGGGAACCACCCUCCAUGUGUACAACUGUGGGACGGUGUGUCGUUUCAUUCUUCCCCUUCUUUGCCUCUACAUCUGCAAACAGAAUUUGAAUGCAAAAAGGAGAAAAAAAAGGGUUCUAAAAUGGGUUCUAUUGAAAGGAAGCAAACAAAUGGAAACGACUCGAAUUAUCAGCCCCCUCGUGCAAGUCCUACGUCAAACAUUCAAGUGUGUAAAUAUAGAGUAUACGAAAAAGGAAAAUUAUCUGCCCAUAUGUAUUAGUGUGAAGGAAGGAGCCAACCUUGAGGACAGACUAUUAUGCACGGAAUACGUCCGAAUUGAUAAUUACCACUCAAGUCAGUUCGUGUCGUCCAUGCUGCUUCUGUCCGCAUUCUCGGACACGGACACGUGCAUCGGGUUGAGCUUCAAGAGGGUUGCCGCGUCAGGAAAGGGAGGAAGGAGAAGUGAAAGAAGAAGUGGAAGCGCAAACAGAAGCAGCAGAGGAAGCAUAAAUCGAUGUCAUGGAAGGAAGGAAACCCCUAGGCAUAGAGAACCGCAGGGGAUAAUUCCCCCCCUUCCAAAUCGGACCAUGUCCUGCGCCGCAGCUCCCCCGUCGUGUGCACCCUCUCACCACAGACUGCUUCCCUCCCUUUCGACAAAGCGAAACGCGACGACUGCACAUCGUACCCAACGAAGGCAACUCACCAUCGACGACGGCACGAAGGAUUCUCCACCUUAUGCAGCAACGAAAGGAGAAGCCACCACGCACCAGUUCAGUACUACGUCAAAAUCGUAUAUCGAUCUGACCAUCCGUGUGAUGAAAUUAUGGGGAGUGCAUGUUGAAAUGAAAAACUUCUGCUAUUUUGUCAGAAAGGGAGGUAAGUCCCCCUCCUAUGGCAGAAGGCGAAGCAUAGUGGCCCUCCGAGAAAGUCUUCUUAUCAGCGUUAAGCGGUUCAUUUGUGCGGUGAAGGGCUUGAGCCGCGGACGUCUCUCCCCCACAGGUGGAACCAAACGGGGUAGCACCACACACAUCCAAAAACAAGAGGAAGAAUCUGUUAACAUCCCAGGGAGGCUACCUGUAGAUGUAGAAGGAGACGAACACGACUUGGAGCUCCCUAGGUUAAGUAGGACCCCCAUGGACUCUGCUAACUUCACGCCUUCCUAUGGAGUGCAAAACGAUUUGGGACUGCUCAUCUACUUCAUCAUUGGCUGUCUCAUCAGGGGUGAGAACUGCGCCAUCGAUGUAGGACUCCGUCUAGACGGGAUCGUCCUGUACCCCGCUGAGGGCACCGGGGUGAGCAGUGAAAUGAGCGCAGAAAGCGGAGAAAGCGGAGAAAGCGGACGAAUCGAGCAAAGCGAACCUAUCUCGCAUGAAUCUCAAGGCUCCCGCGAUGUUCCUGGCUUGUGCUCCCUUCGAUGGCACAGAAUCAAGGCGGUAAGGCGCCAGGCGAACAUCCCCAAUUAUUCCCUCCUGAAUGUGCUGCUCCUCCUUGGGGUCGACAUAUACGUCGAAGGAGGGGGAAGCCAUAGAAGGAGUAGAAGCGGAAAAACGAGCGAAUGGAGAAAACGGAGCAGAAAACUUUAUCUGCUCACCUCGAAAAGGAUGAGCAUUUGGCAAGAGUGGAUAAGGGGGCUUCUUCUCCGGAGAGCAACUUCCAGACGGAGAAAGAAGGACCCGAGGGGGAGAGUCAAGAAAGCCAAGUGGGAGGUGUUCCAGAAUGUGACCCUGAAAAUGAAGCUUCUUUCAAAUAAGCUGCUCCUCAAAGUGGUAGUAGAUGUUGAAAAUUUCUCCGAUGAUUUCUUCUCCCUGAGUGUCCUCUUCUGUUACUAUCUCUUUCUUCACCCAAUGGAAUGCCUCUCCUUUAGGAUAAAAAAUGUCCGAAAUCAGAACAUCAAGGAGUCGGUUCGUGUGUAUAACUCGGUAAUCAUAUUGAAGUUGUUUUUUCAAAACAUCCUCUGCAUUUUCUGCGAUAGGAAUAGUGUCUACAUCAGUCGCAUGGCUCACCCCGUAGAGAACUGCCUAUUCUAUAGGAUGUCAGAAAAGGGGGAAAUCCCCCAAGGGGAGGCUCCUUCUGCGGCAGCUUCACCAACUGCUUCCCAAAUUGAAAACAGCUCAAAGUAUGUAACGAACGAAAAGGGGGAAGUAUACCUAUAUGUAGACACCCAAAGGGACCAUCGAGUCAUUUUUAUGGUUACCAUUUUGUCCCUCCUCGGAGGAAACGUCCUGAUUGAUAACACUGGCGAGGUAGAAAAGAGCUUCCCUCACUUUUUCCAUUAUGCACAUCGGUACUUAGGGUUAAACGUAAAUUACACAACAUGUGGGAAACUCCACUUUUUCAAUUUUACGAAAGUGUGUAGAUAUAGGCUGGUGAGCGGAGCCACUGAGGGGUCAUCAGAAAAGGCACUCUCAGAGGAGCCACCCUCAGAAGAGGCCCCCUCACAGCAGAGACCCCCCUCCGAGGUGUCCCUAAUGUGGAGCGAUCCCUCACCAGGGAGUAACAUCCAUCAUGGAUCUACUAAGGUGGAGAAUCCACCACAUGGGAAAGAACUUAAGUGUAUUCAGAAUCACCAACAGAGGGGAGCCAAAAAUAAUUUGGCUAUGAAAAUGGGAGAGGCAGAACAGGGGGGAAACUUCCAUCACAUGAUGAAGAUCCCACCUAUCUUAAAAGAAAGCAGAGGAGGAAAAAAAACGAAAUUUACACAUCGUCAGGCUGAAGAUCCUCCAUCUAGCGGAGAUGCCUCCACAAAUUCGAGCUCACACCUGGAGAGAAUGUACCUUUAUGAGGAGGCGAACAGUUUGGACUCACGCAUCGGAGAAAUUACCUCUGCUGAGAGUAGUACACUUGAAGGUGACGAAGAUGUGGACGGGGAGAAGUCAAAACUUUUGGGUGCGCAUGACAGUAAUGGACGUGGAGGUACCCCUGCAGGUAAUGGGGACGUAUCAAUCACUACACCGGACGAAUCGAAAUGUGGAGGGCGGCAAAAAAGAGAACAAAACAUGUUAGACCCCCCUCCUGGGGAGGAAGAGCCCCUUAAAGAGACCUCUCGAAAGACAUGUGAUAGAACUGCUACCCAUCCAAGGGGGGCCCUCCUCCCACGGGAUCCGAACUACUGCAGAGAAUACCAGUACGAGGAGCUUCUCCAUGGAAACGACGCUGACUUGUUUCACCUAAUCAACCAAGUGAACAAUCUCAACAUAAGCGUCAUAUGCGGGAUUAGAAAUGUGGGAAAAAGCUACCUCAGCAAAAGGAUAAAAACGAGCAGCCUUGUGAUUGAUCUGGAUGAAUUCAUCCUUCACGGCCCCAUCCGCUUUGAUCGGCUCACUAUCGAUGACUUCAGGUACUACGAAUAUGUCACCUUCGUUUCGAUGCUGUAUCUGGUCUACUUAAUUUUUUCGGGGCAAAAUGGUCACCACGACAGCGGAGCAAACCCGCUGCAAAGGGAACAGAGCGAACACAACGGGCAUAACGAACAGAACGCUUUCCAAGGGAGCACCCACCCCUUGGCCGCCAACAGAGAAGCCCAAUCCCUCUUCUAUGAAAACCCCUUUUUCAGCCUUCAAGACGAUGUGCACUUUUACAACAAAAAGGUGAAUCGUCUUUAUCACACGAUGAAGGAAAGACACUUCCUCGACGAAGACCAAGUGGCUAUCCAAAGCGUUACAAUCGUCCUCGGUGGAGGAAUCGUAGAAUUCGAAAAAUCUAGGCAACUUAUGGACAAAGUAAAGAAUCUACUUCUGAUUAGGAGACCCCCAAACGAAAUAUACCAUCUGUGUAUGAACGAUAAGGUAAAACCUCCAUUAACUGGCAACCUGCAAGAAAUAAUUGACCGAAGGACUAUCCUCUUUUCCAAUUUAAAUGCCUUUCACUUUGCCAUUCCCUCGGAAGAGGACAUAAACAGGUGCCUAAAGAAUGUGAGCAUGUCCAGGAAUGAACUGAUCGUCAGUAGUUUUUUAAACUUCUUCGACUACAAAUUUUUUGUGAAGCCUACAAUUAAGGAUACUUAUGCUAAGGUGGCCAGAACGGGGAAGGCCAUACUCUCCUUGCGUCUCACCGAGUUUCUCUCAUUCGACUAUGCGUCCUUGGAUGGGGCCUACGAGGUGGUUGAGCUGGUCGUGGAUUGCUGGGGAAGCGGCGGGGAUGAGGAAGAACGGAGUCAGGAGAAGGAGCGAAGUCGGGAGAAGGAACGGAGUCAGCAGAAAGAGCUUACUCAGGAGAAAGAGCCCACUCAGGAGAAACCGCAGAAGACGGAUUUUCUCGAGCUAGCCAUCUUCACAAUCCGAUCCUACACGGACAGACCAAUCUGUGUUAAGUUCCCCAAGUGGGUUUUAAACCCCAUCUUUUCACACCCCCCAAACGAGGGAUCCCCCGAAAGACAGAAGAAAAUUCCACACGGAUACACCCCCACUGAGUUGUACAAAUACAAAAUCAACAUCUUCGAUGUUGAUGUUAAUUUUUUUAAAAAGGUAAAAAACUUCAUGCCGCGGAAGAGGGAAAAUAUUUUCCUCAUCAUCUCAAGUUAUCGGGAGAGGGUCCACAAAGGGAGAGUAGCAACCGAUUUGCAUAGACUAGACAAGUCGGAGGCCGAUCUAAUAAGGCUGACCUUUCCGCGCGCGACCCUUUCGGAUCGGAAGACUCUCCAUUUGGAAAUAACUCAACAUUACACGAAGAGGCUGGGGAAUCCUCCAAUUUCUCACGUUAGAGUUAUUAGGAGAGGGCCAUGUCACGAUUUUCCACCUCACCAAUUCGUUCAUCAGCAGUGUUACGACAUUUCAGCCUACACCUGCGAGCUGAAUGACCCGAUGGUCUUUCUGUGCAACGACGUUUCCCACGGGGGAUGUCUGCAGCCGGGGUUGGCAGGGGAGAAGAAGGGUGGACGGCGACCCCACCCCGAGAACUACACACACAGCUUCUACCACCAAGGGGUGAAGGCCAUCAUUUCGUGUGUCCCUCGGUGA